CGGACUCUAAGCGGAAGUACGGCGAAGUUUGUUAGUGUUCAAAAAUGGAAGCGGUUGUUGUUUUCGAAAUGUUCUCCAAUGUAAUUGUUUCAGUUGAGUUUCUGUUUUCGUUUCUUGCGUGAAAUUGAAAAGGAUCUACUCGACAAAGUCGCAUGCCGUGUGACUCCAUUUGCUGACUGCAUUUCUCAGUGUAAAACAACGUGAUUUUUCUCCAAUUAUGAUGCAAUUAAAAACAAUGAAGCCUACCAAGGCUUCCAAGAAGGAAUUUGCUUCAGCAUCCAGGAUAAAAAAUAAAAUGCACAACACCUCCUCCUUCUUCAAGGUCUCAUUGAAGACCAACAACAAGGCCCUAGCUCUCGCCGUACAGGCCGAGAAGCAGAAGUCCAUGCUACUACAGACAGAGAACCUGCACCUGAGAAGGGAAGCACAGUCUGCAUGCUUUGAUUUGGCCACCACGAAGCACAAGUACAGGAAACUGCUCCUCAUCUUGAAAAACCUUUAUCACAGUACUCUCCAACACAUGAACAUGGUAGCUGAAUUAUUCCCUGACAGCGCUCUCUUUGAAGCAUCAGAGGACGACAAUGUCCUCCCAACUGAUUCUGACAAUCCUUCAAUUGAAAAUGUGGCACCAGAUCCUCCAGAAGUUUCAAAGGAUUCAGCGGAACUCAGUCCAGAAAUGCAACCGGGCAGUCCUGAAAACAACAUGCCUGCUGUCUUACCCACUCUGAGCAGAAAUGUGUCUACUGGCAACGCAAAAACAGAUGACGGGAAAAGGGAUUCAAACCAGCAGACACUCCAGAUGGAGUCAGCGCACCAGUCCAACAACUUAAGGGAGGAAGUGAAUAGGCUGUCAGCUAGGUUCUCUCGGUCUGGUUUCGACCGCAACUCUUUGCCGUGUCGACUGAGCAACCCAACAUCUUCAGCUUUGACUAGUACUGAAACACCGUCUCCCUCUGCUGGAGUCAACGCUCCUUGUGAUCUUAUGGAAGUUGUGCCAGAGCAUACCGUGGUCUUCAAUACAACCAUGGAGAUGACUCAAAGUAAUGCUUCGGAAAUUGUCAUUCAUCGUUCUGCGGAGGAAAAAACACUCCAGAAACCGAAAUGCAAGAAGAAAAAACAACGUAAUGUUGUCGCUUCAAGGCCAACAGACAGUUCACAAGUUUUGGAUGAGGCAAAUUCGAGUGUGAAAGUCACACCGCCUGAGCUUAGUGACACUGCCUCGCACACAAAACACCAGGCACCAGAAAGUUUGGACAAGCAUCCUAAAGCGGAGUCUCAAAGUAAGCUCACAUCGCGUAUUCCCAAAAGGGUGAAAUCCAGAGUUGGCGGCCAUCAAAAGGGAAAAAGCACCAAGUCAACAUUGGAUUCUGCUGAUUUUGUCUGUCCUGCCUUGGAUGAUGACGUCCUUUCCUUUGCACCCAACCAAAACGAGGAGUUACCCAUAGAGAAGGAUUCCUCGAAAAAAACAAAGUCAAACAUUACAUAUAGGAAGUACACAAAGAAAAGUCAACGGAGGUCCUCGAUCAGUAUGACGUCAGUGUUGUCACCUCAUGACCGAGAGACUGGAGGCUCCACGGUGGACCACAAUGAGAGGACAGACAGUUUUGCAACUGCAGAGUUGGAGGAACCAAGCCAUUCCACAGGUGGAUAUGAACCACAGGUAAAUGCUGAGUCUGCCCCAACCUCUCAAGGACAUCCCAACUCAAGGUGCAGAAAGACAUUUGUUAUAUCUGUGGAUCACCCUGCACGCAUCAGAAAAGAACCAGAACUAUUGUCAAAAGAUCACGAGUCCUACCACGAUGUAGAAGAAUCCUUGCGGCCCUGCGCAACCACAGAUGGAGGUUCUGUUGCACCAAAGCCAAGCUCCUGUAAGCGUCCUUGGGAGUCCACUCAGAAUCAAGGAAGCCUCCCAGUAAACUUGUCUGACAGUGAUAACAGGGACGACAUACUGCCACGGGAGGAAUCCUCGGCUGCAGGUUAUGAGUUUCAGAAGCCCAAAAAAGCAAGAAAGGAGGUCUCGAGGAGAUCCAGCAGGGAAAAAUCACAUUUCAAUCAUGACUCUAGCGAUCAUGCAAAGAACAAGAACAACAAAAAACAACACCAUGACAAAGGUGUUUGUCCUGCGGAGGAUGUGGUUUAUCUUCCGGAUCCCCCUGACUCCUCUUUCUGUAAUGUGUUUGCAUUCUUGGAUGAUCCUUAUGCACACAGUGAAGACAUACUUAAGUCAAAGUCCUGGGCGGAUAGGAAUUCUAAACGGUACCGUAAGACGUCCAAAUACUGUCCACCAGACAACAGCGCAAGAAAUCUGAGGAAGACAUUUGUCGUUUCCGAGCCGAAAAUGCCUCCUAUCAACACAAUGACGAUGUUGUCCAAAGAAAUGGCUGCGGAUGCGGGUGAAGGUGAAGCACCUCGUCAGCAUUUGGGUGACCUGCUCACUGAUGAGACGCCACCAUGGAUGAACAGCUCAAUUGCAGACACGGAGCCUGGCUCUUUAACUUGUAGUCCUAAAAAACGUGCCUCAAAGGGGCGACAAGUGGUGGAGGAGACUGCCUUGAUCACGCCUGUCUCUUCUCCAGCAAGUCGAGCCUUAAUGUCAGUGACCAACACCAUUGCUAACCCAGAUAAAGAGAACCAAGGGAGAGGCAGGAGAUGCAAGGGCGUCGUCAGUUACAAGGAGCCAUCCCUGCACAGCAAAAUGCGCCGUGGAGAUAAAUUUACCGACACCAUGUUCCUAGACUGUCCAGUUUUUAAAGGCCGUCAGAAGAAGAAGAAGAAAAACAAGUCAUCGUCGCAAGUGCCCAUUAGCAAAGAAUGAUUUUUGCUUCUUCUUUACUUAAUUUUUUUUUUAAGUUUUAUGUUGGCUUUAAUGCGCAUUCAGUAUGUUUAAUAAACAUAUUCUACUGAC